AUGAAAACUCAAGGUUACCAGCUGGCAUCGCUUUUUGAUGCGAAAUUCCCUGGUAAACUUGAUGAUACCUUAGUGAAUCGACUAUGCAAAUCAAUAGUUUGUCAGCAUGAAUUUCACAAAAAAAUUUGGUCUCAGUUAUCAAACAGCGAAUGGGAUCUAAUUUCUAAGCACGCUUCGCGAUGGAAUAGUAAUUAUGAGUACACCACUGAGCUACACAUCAUCCUGAAAGUUGCAGUGGCCCUGUCUUUUCGUUAUGCCUUCCUUAUUGGUAAUGUGGAUAAAGGCCCUCAAGAUAUUGUGCUCUACUCUCUUAACUUGUCUGACAAGCAAGUCAGAGUUAUUCUUACUGAAGCCCUAGCCAGGUGUUUGGAAAAUAUUCUGUCUUUGGAUGAUUUGAAGCUAGUAUUGUGGAUCACUUCGCCAAAUUUGAUGACAUUUCUUCACAUUUUGUCUGCGGAAACCAAUGUACAUAUACAGAAAAAUAUUGUUGUUAUCUGUGCCCACAUUUUCCUUUAUCUUAUCACAAAUAAUGAAGUUUGCGUAGAUCAACAGCCUUUUAUUAAAUGCUUUGAAUUGUCGGACUUUGGAGUUGAUGUUUUACUACAUGUAGAGCAGCUUACAAGAAAGUUUGGUGUACGCUUCGACCCUUUAACUAUACCUGAGGAAUUUCAAUUCACUGUAGAAAAAUACAAUACAUUUUCAAGCCAAGCUCAAGUUAAAUUACUUUAUUUGACCUUCACAGGAAUUAUAAAUACUACUUCAAGCACGAAUUCGUGGAUCUCGUAUUUAAAAUCUUCUAAAGAUUUACCUCAGCUCUGCGUAUCACUCAUUAGUUUGUGCUUCAAAACUAAACAAACAUUGUAUCAUGAAUUGUGGGAAUUCGUUUUAAGUGAGUGGGUCUCUGCUCUGCACACCUCGUUGGUAGAAGGUAAAGUGGAUAGCAUACUUUCUAUUAUAAACCCUUUGUGUCUCUGUCCAGAUACAUAUCUUCAACUAGACACGGGAAGUGAGCUGUUAAAGAAAAUCUUAUCUGUUCUAGUAGAUCCUACUUACUCCUUGAAAGGUUCUUGUAUAGAACGGUGUUAUACACGUUUAUGGAUUUUAGCCAAGAUAUUACUUCGCUGUUCACCCACUUUAGUCAUUUCUUUAUCGGAUAUAAAUGAUGUAGUGGAUUAUUUAAUAUCACUAUCUAGCGACCAUUUAACCUCUAAGGAGAAUGCUGCAUUUGACUUUUUCAAGGAAAUUUGUCUUAUUUAUUGGGCUUCAGAGCAGUCAUUUAUCAGUAGUCUUAUUGGUAAACUCCUUGACUCAUUUAUAAUUCAUCGUGACUGUAGAGCCUUCUUUGUGUUCUUAUUUCCUACUAUGCAAAUCCUUCAAGAGUUAGCCUUGAGAUAUGGACAUAUGAAUGUGUACGAGAAAUUUUGGAUCUGUUUCUUUAAGAUACUAAACAAAGUGUACAAUGUAUUCAUAGAUCAAUCAGCUCUGUCAUCUAGUGUACAUAAUGAAAGAUUACUGGAGACAGUAAUAACAAUUUUGAAAAUAUUGAGCUGUGAUUCGUAUAUAUCACUGUGGACAGAUGAAUGCCGGUCAGUGUUUUCUAAGUUUGUAGAUGAUUCUAUGUCAGAUGUUGCAGUUGGAAUUUUCAAGAAUGAUGCUUGCUUCCGUGGACUUACUAUUUCAGUUUUCCUUAUCUUUAUGGUUUGUGAAUGUCAUGAUCAAUCUAAACAUGAUGCAUCAAAAUACAUGGACCAUUCUCCUGAAUACAUUUGGAAUACAAUUAAUCGUUUAAUUGAUUUCGACAUGAUGGAAAUAACAGAAUCAAAAGGUGUUUGUGAAGUUUUAUGGAAUGCUAUUGAGUUUCUUGAAAAAGAGUCUGUAAAACAAUCAAAUGAUUUAUGGAAAAAAGUGGUUUCAUCACUCAAAACCAAAUGGAAUCAAAAUUUCGGCGAGGAUUAUAUUUUAUCGCUACGGGAGUCAUCUAAUCAAAAGUAUUGUCCAGAUUGUAAAGAGAAUAUUAAAGAACUACUCGAUGAUAUUAUAAUAUCGAGUACUAGUAAUAUGAUCGCUGAUUGUACAGAAGGUUAA